UGUAUGCAAAGAAGAUUAAACAAUCGAAGACCAUACAAUGCCUUCUCCAGGUAAGGUGCGAGGUCAAUGAAACAAUUAACAUAAAGAAGAAACCUUUUUCCAGGAAAAUAAGAAAAAGAGAGGAAGCAAAGGCAAAAAAGAAAACUUUUAGGCCUCGGAAAAGAGAGCUGAAACAAAAGUUGAUUUCAGAAAGCAAAACCCUUUGUUUCUCCCUCUUAACUCAUCUCCCUUUCUUGCUCUAUUAGAUAAAGCUGAGACAGCACUAUCCACCAAAUAAAGAGAAAACCUCUAAUCUUCACAUGAAAAAACAAAAGAUUCUUCGAUUUUGCUUUUCUUUUUCAGUAGUCACACAGUAAUACAGGUACACUUCUUCCAAUACCACAACCGUUUGAAAAAUAAAAAGAGAUUAUUAUAAACCACAUCCGAUGAUAGACUUCGAGAAAAACAUCAACCAUCCCUCUUCAUCUUCCUCCGAUCUCCUCCUUGCCAUCAAUGGAACCACAGUGAACAACAAGAGGAAACGGAGACCAGCAGGGACACCAGAUCCAGAUGCAGAGGUUGUAUCUUUAUCGCCACGAACGUUGCUAGAGUCAGAUCGGUAUGUGUGCGAGAUCUGCAACCAAGGGUUUCAGAGGGAUCAGAAUCUCCAGAUGCAUAGAAGAAGGCAUAAAGUACCAUGGAAGCUACUGAAGAGAGAGAAGAAAGAUGAAGAGGUGAGAAAGAGAGUUUAUGUGUGUCCUGAGCCGACUUGUCUCCACCACAACCCGUGCCACGCACUAGGAGAUCUGGUCGGAAUCAAAAAGCAUUUCCGCAGGAAACACAGUGCUCACAAGCAAUGGGUUUGCGAUAGAUGCUCAAAAGGCUACGCUGUUCAAUCUGACUACAAAGCCCAUCUCAAAACAUGCGGCUCACGCGGUCACUCCUGCGACUGCGGCCGUGUUUUCUCCAGGGUUGAGAGUUUCAUAGAGCAUCAAGAUACAUGCACCAUCCGGCGACCUCAACCCACCAAUCCCCCGCGUCCUCUACAGCAGAACACAUCGUGCCAUGCAACUCCAUCAAUAACCCUUUCGACCACAAGCAUUGGACCUUUACUCCAUGGACUUCCUAUGUUAAGGCCACCACAAGCGUCCCAUCAACAGGCACUAGCUUCCGCUUACCCUCUCAAUGCUUCAUCAUCUUCUUACGAAAGCCUUCAGCUUCAACUAUCCAUAGGAAUGGCCAAAACAUCAUCAAACCUAAAGAGAAGCGAAAAGGGAGAGAUGAGUUUAGCAUUGGAGAGAGCGAAUGAGGAAGCGAGGAGAGCGGAUGAAAUGAGACAAGAAGCGAAGAGGCAGGUAGAGAUGGCAGAAAUGGAUUUUGAGAGGGCUAAGAAUAUAAGGGAAGAUGCGAAAGCCGAGCUGGAGAAAGCUCAGUUUGUUAGAGAAGAAGCAAUGAAGAGAAUAAAGGCAACAAUCUUGGAGAUCACUUGUCGUUCUUGCAAGCAACUGUUCCAGCUCCCCGUUAUGGCUGAUGAAAGUAAGACGUCUCUUGUUAUGAGUUAUGUUUCCUCGGCGAGAACGGAAGGGGAAUUUGAAUGAUUCUAUACUUCUUCAUAAAUCCCCACAAGGCCGGGCAAAGGGAAAAACAUAAUGGUUUUAAAUGAAAUGAUUGUAUUUCAGUGUUUGCCAUUGUGUGGAUCCAUUUUUUACUAUAUGCAUCAUUUUCUGUGUCCACAGUAAAUUCCGAGAAUUAUUUGGAAUUUAUGUUAAAGAUCUUAUCGGUUAUAAAAAGUUA